CAUCUCCUGCAUGCAAAUCAGGAUCAGGUUCAGAAAUCCAAAUUAUUGAGAUUUGAGAGACCGCAAUAACUCAUCCAUCCCUACGUACGUCGUUAAAUACAUAUAUAUAUAUAUAUAUGGAGGAUUACCUGAGAAAGAACUUUGCUGUUGAACACAAAAGGCCAUCCGAAGACGCUUUAAGGAGAUGGAGAUGUGCAGUCUCCCUCGUCAAGAACCCUCGCCGCAGGUUUCGCAUGGUUGCUGAUCUUGCUAAACGUGCUGAAGCUGAUCGCAAGCGUCGAAUCCUCCAGGAAAAAAUUAGAGUAGCUCUUUACGUGCAAAAAGCGGCAUUGAAUUUCAUUGAUGCAGGCAAGCGAGUUCAGGACAACUACAAGCUUCCGGAAGAUGUUAGGCAAGCUGGUUUUGGCAUUGGAGCUGAUGAGCUAGCAUUCAUUGUUCAGUCCCAUGACAUGAAGAGCUUCGAAGAUCAUGGAGGAGUUGAAGGCUUAGCAAAAAAAGUCUCUGUAUCUCUGACCGACGGUGUUGUUCCAACUGAUGUUUCACUCAGGCAAAAUAUAUAUGGCUACAACCAAUUUGCUGAGAAACCUGCUAGAUCCUUUUGGAUGUUUGUGUGGGAAGCCCUGCAUGACUUGACUUUGAUUAUUCUCAUGGUAUGUGCUGCUGUUUCUGUAGUUGUUGGAAUUGCUACUGAAGGAUGGCCUACAGGUAUGUAUGAUGGGCUAGGAAUAGUAUUCUGCAUUUUCCUGGUGGUAUUGGUUACUGCCAUAAGUGACUACAAGCAGUCCUUGCAAUUCAAAGACUUGGAUAAAGAGAAGAAAAAUAUAGUUGUUCAGGUCACCAGAGACGGGUGCAGGCAAAAGAUUUCUAUCUAUGAUUUGGUGGUUGGGGAUAUUGUUUAUCUAUCAAUUGGAGAUCAAGUUCCUGCAGAUGGUGUUCUUAUAUCUGGUUACAGCUUAUCAAUUGAUGAAUCAAGCUUGUCAGGUGAAAGUGAACCUGUAAAUAUAACUCAACAGCGGCCUUUUCUUCUCUCAGGGACAAAAGUGCAAGAUGGCUCUGGCAAAAUGUUGGUAACUACAGUUGGUAUGAGGACUGAAUGGGGAAGACUGAUGGUUACUCUAAGUGAAGGUGGAGAAGAUGAAACGCCACUACAGGUGAAGCUCAAUGGAGUUGCGACCGUUAUUGGAAAGAUUGGUUUGGCAUUUUCUGUUUUGACAUUUUUGGUUCUGACCAUAAGGUUUCUAGUGACAAAGGCGCUGCAUGGUGAGAUUACAAACUGGUCUGUGAGCGACGCACUGAAUCUCUUGAAUUUCUUUGCCAUUGCAGUGACUAUCAUUGUAGUUGCAGUUCCAGAAGGAUUACCACUGGCAGUAACAUUAAGUCUUGCAUUUGCAAUGAAAAAGUUAAUGAGUGAUAAAGCUCUUGUGAGACAUCUCUCUGCAUGUGAGACAAUGGGUUCAGUCACUAGCAUUUGCACCGAUAAAACCGGGACACUGACUACUAAUCAUAUGGUUGUCAAUAAAAUUUGGACCUGUGGACGGACAAUAAAAAUUGAAGGAAACAAAAGUGAGGAUUUUUUGCGGUCCUCUAUCGCUGGAGGAGUAUUCAACUUACUUUUGCAGUCGAUAUUUCAAAAUACUGGUGCCGAAGUAGUCAAGGGAAAAGAUGGAAAGAAUAACGUUUUAGGCUCUCCAACAGAGACAGCAAUAUUAGAGUUUGGUUUGCUUUUGGGGAAUGACUUCGAAAUCCAUCGAAAGGAAUCUGAAAUUCUUAAAGUCGAGCCUUUCAAUUCAGUGAAGAAAAAGAUGUCUGUCCUUGUCUCCCUUUCUAAUGGUGGUGGGCACAGAGCAUUUUGCAAAGGUGCAUCAGAAAUAAUUUUAAAAUCUUGCAGCAAGAUAAUCAAUGCUGACGGUAAGGCCGAGCCUCUAUCGGAAGAGCAGAGGAAGUGCAUCACUGAUGUGAUUAAUGGCUUUGCCUGUGAAGCCCUAAGAACACUAUGCUUGGCUUUCAAGGAUGUAAGAGGCACUUCUAAUGUAGAUAGCAAUAGCAUUCCUGAAGAUAAUUAUACACUUAUCGCUGUGAUUGGAAUUAAGGAUCCUGUGCGACCUGGGGUAAGGGAAGCUGUGAAAACUUGUUUAGCUGCAGGGGUAACUGUGCGGAUGGUCACUGGAGACAAUAUUAACACAGCUAAAGCUAUAGCAAGAGAAUGUGGGAUUUUGACAAAUGGUGGUUUGGCAAUUGAAGGGCCAGAUUUUCGUGACAUGAGUCCACAGCAGAUGGAGGAGACAAUACCAAAACUCCAGGUUAUGGCGCGAUCAUUGCCCUUGGAUAAGCACAAGCUGGUAACUUACUUGAGGAAGGAGUUUAAAGAAGUCGUGGCGGUGACUGGUGAUGGGACAAACGAUGCACCUGCUUUGCAUGAGGCUGACAUUGGACUUGCUAUGGGAAUAGCCGGAACAGAGGUCGCAAAAGAAAAUGCCGAUGUUGUCAUAAUGGAUGACAACUUCACAACUAUACAGAAUGUUGACAGAUGGGGCCGUGCAGUUUAUAUCAAUAUCCAAAAGUUUGUACAGUUCCAGCUCACAGUUAACAUUGUCGCACUCAUGCUCAAUUUUAUUUCUGCAUGCAUCUCAGGUUCUGCUCCUCUUACGGCUGUUCAGCUGCUCUGGGUGAACAUGAUCAUGGACACUCUUGGAGCAUUGGCAUUGGCUACGGAACCUCCUCACGAGGGCCUGAUGAAAAGGCCUCCUAUUGGAAGGGAUGCAGCUUUCAUUACCAGGAUCAUGUGGCGGAAUAUCAUCGGCCAGAGCAUUUAUCAAUUGAUUGUACUUGCAAUUCUCAAGUUUGAAGGGAAACGGCUUUUGCAGCUUUCUGGUUCAGAUGCUACUGCUAUUUUGAAUACAGUCAUCUUCAAUACCUUCGUGUUUUGCCAGGUGUUCAAUGAAAUCAAUAGCAGGGAUAUGGAGAAGAUCAAUGUUUUCCGAGGCAUUUUUGAUAGUUGGCUAUUUAUUAUGGUGAUGGUCUCUACGGUGGCUUUUCAAAGCAUAAUAGUUGAAUUCUUGGGUACUUUUGCAAACACUGUGCCACUGAACUGGGAGCUAUGGCUAGCCAGCAUUUUACUUGGAGCAGGAAGCCUCAUAGUUUCUGUUAUCCUCAAAUGCAUACCCGUUGACAAAAGCAAAGAAGCUGCCACAACCAAGCACCAUGAUGGCUACGAACCACUUCCAAGUGGUCCAGAUAUGGCAUGAAUGAUCCACCUUAUUAGAAA